CCAGCGGGGCUAUUCGAGAGACGUCAAGAAACCUAAAAUAUAGGGUGAUUUUUUCGCCGAAGGAAGAGGAGUGUUUUGUGCUGAAAAUCCAAGAUUUCCCCCUCGAUAUUCCCUCACAAUGGACAAUGCAGUCAAGGAGAGACUCGAUCAGAUGAUCGAGCGAGCCACAAACCCUUCUUCAUCGGAUCUGGAGAUCUCCGCGAUGGAUGCCUUUUGCUACGCCGUGAGGAGCGAUCCCUCCACCACCACGAUAGCCACGAAGCUGCUGGCUGAGAGGAUUCAGUCGAUGAACAAGAAGGAAGCGCUGAAUGCCCUGGAAUUGCUUGAGGAAUGUAUGGCGCGAUGUGGUGAGGAUUUCCGGGCGAAAGUGGGCACAUUUCGCUUCCUGAAUGAGCUCAUCAAGCUCGUGUCGCGGAAGUACAACGGCGACACCACGGACAAGGAGGUGAAGGACAAGAUACUGGACUUGAUGCUGCUCUGGACUGUGGACUAUCCAGCGGAGACGAAGAUUCAGGAGUCGUACGAGAUGCUGCUGAAGCAGGGCAUCAAGCACGAACCCAUGCAGGCCAUCAAGCCCAGCAGCGCUCCGGCGAAGCCGCCGCCAAAGGCCAGCAAACCGCCCGAGGAUCCCAACACGGUCAAGUUCCAGCAAUUGCUGUGCAGCAAGAAUCCCGCCGACAUCCAGGCGGCCAAGCUCAUGAUGGUGAACAUGGUGAAGGAGGAGGAGAAGAAGAUGCUGCGCGUGAAGGAAUUGGCGCGGGGGAAGGCCAAUGUGGAGCUGCUGAACGACAUGAUUGACCAGUUCAGCUGUGAGGACACAUCCUUGGACGACUGGGCGCUCAUCAAUGAGCUCUUCGAGAACUGCAAGGAGGUGCAGCCGACAAUAAUGCUGCUGGCGCAGGAGCAGAAUCAGACUGAGAAGAUCAUGUGCGACGCGCUGGAGACCAACGAUCGCCUGCACGUGGUGAUUGAGAAGUUCAACUCGCUGGUGCUGAAGAAGGCGCCCGAUGGCGUCCUGCAGGGCACCCCCAGUCACACACUGCCCCAUCUCGACUCCCUCAUAGAGAUUCCAAUGCUGGGCGCCGAAGGGGCGUCGGAAGCGCCCACGGGAGACGACAUGAAUGAGUUGAGUGACAUUUUCAGUGCAAUUCAGGCGGAUCCAGUGCCGCCAGUCCUGGACAUUCUAACUCCUGCACCUGUGAUGGAGAAGCAGGAUGAUCUCCUGCUCCUCGUGGACACGCCAGACACUUCCAGUCAACCGAGGAAGCCACCUGUAAAGCCCUCGAUUGACAUCGAUAGUCUCGUGAGUGAAAUGCUUAAGCCAGCGCAAAGUUCUCCAGUGAAGCAACCCGAAAAGGCACCAGAUGCACUCGAACAGAUCACCGUGGACAUCGAGAAGCUCCUUCCGGACGAGAAGAAGCUGCCGCGUGAGGUGCUGAAUCAGCCGAAAGGACUGAAAGUUCUGCUGAACUUUACUCGCACACAUCCCAAGCCCAGCGUUGCUGUGAUUGUGGCCACAAUUUCUAAUCAAUCCACGGAAACCAUCAGCAGUAUUCGUCUGGAGACGUCCAUCAGCCCAGUGCCCGCAUCCACGGCGCGCCUGAAGCUCCUGGCCGCCUCUGGUGACUCCCUGGCGGGCGUCCGGCCCUUCCGCUCCGCCGUGGAGGACAUCACGCAGGUGAUCCUCAUCGACAACCCCGCGCGCGAGGACCUCCAUCUCUCCUGCACUGUGAAAUACACCUCAGACGCCAGUCCGGACUUCCAUCAGUCAACCACUGUGGACCACCUGUCGCACCUUCUGGACUAAAUCAA